AUGUAGUGCUUUUAGUUUAAUUAGGGCUUAUGCAACUUUGAAUGUAAAUUUGAGAGAUAUUAAAUUGGAAAGGAGAAAGAUAGCAGAAGCAUUUAUCCUAUAUUUGAAUAAGCCACCAUUAAAAUUCAUUUCCCAGAGUAAUAUAUAAUUUUGAUAAUUUGUUUUACUAGGGAAACAAUUAACGCCUAACUAACUUCAUUACCAGAAGGUGUUUACAGUUAUUUUGACAAGGAUAAGACAGGUGAAUGGACUAUUUCUAGCAUGGCCAAUCAGCCUAAUACUCCAUAAGAUAAUGUUACUAAGCUCUCAGGGAACAUUAGAUUAAAUGAUUCACAAAUAAAUGAAUUGCCUUCAAAUAUUAUUGCAAUAGUUAACAUAAAAAUAAAGGACUACACCUUUACAGGGAAUCAGAUUGAGAAAAUUAUUUGUAACUUACAAGGAAAUUUGUCAAAAGAUGAUUAGACAGUGUUUAGGGGAUACAAGUGCUAUGCUUUUGCCAAGAAUAUUGAAUAUAGAUUUUGA